GCGCUCACCCCCAACCUCAGCACAAUCGAAACGCGCUCAAUCUGUUCAAUCCGAUCGGAGAUACAAACCCUAAUCCCCAAAUCCCCUCCCCUCGCCAUCCUCGCCGACAUCGCCGAUGACGAGAUCAUGGGUAUUCCCCUCGUCCACCCACCCCCCCUUCCCUGCCGGUUCCCGACGCCGCCACCUCCGGUCGAUCCGGAUCAUCACCAGAGAUGGUUCAGCUCGACACAAAGGCGUACAUCACGGAUGAUCGGAGCAACGGGACAACCGCUACGGCCUCCACGCGCGAAGCCCAUGUCGUGAAGGUAUCCUUCUGGCUUGCCAAUCCCCCGACUGUCUCCCACCUGUGCGUCCACUGCCCCGGCCUGAAGGUUACUGACUUCGUCGCCGAGCCCGCCGUCGUCUGCUCGGAGAAAAACAUCGCCAUCCUCCUCAUCUCAUUCUCUUUCCCACCCAGCAACGAUCCGGAUGAGUUGGGGUUCAGCGACUUCUUCGUUUAUAGAGCACACUCCGAGCACCCGUCCCUUGAUCGGCUCCCGAGCCCACAUCUGCGUUUCCUCUAUCCUCAGGAAGUUGGUCUCUUGCCCUGCCUAGGCGACGGCGAUGAUGAAUUUGUCCUGGCCACUCUUUCUUCGCGGCUGAAUCCUCGGGAGUAUGAUCUCCACAUGUACGUGUCCAAGACGGGGAGAUGGAGCACUAAGUUGGUACUGUUGGAGUCACCACCGGCAAACUCCAGGGAUGCUUUGCUUCUUUUUAGAACUGACAAGACGAUCACACUUGAAGGAGGCUCUAUGGCCUGGGUCAAUCUCUGGAGGGGUGCUCUGCUGUGCAAUGUGUUUGACGAGAACCCUGUGGUCCGAUACAUCCGAUUUCCUCGUCCUGCAAACGGCAACAAGGCCAACUCCAAAGAAAAAUGUGCACAACUGUACCGGGAUGUCACCUACACUAACAAUUUGCUCAAGUUUAUUGAGGUUGAACCUUAUAAAAGACCAGAUAUUUGUCAAGGACUGGUACAACCUGAUAUUAAUGUGUUCUCUGACGAAGACUAUGAAGACGAUUUGGACACCACUGCCACCCGCACUUGGUAUGGCUGGAAAGCUUCCAUAUGGAGCAGGAAGGCUUCUUCGACAAGUUGGUAUAGGGGUUUCACGGUUGAUGUUGAUGAAAUCGUGAUAAGUGAUCCAACACACUCUGACUUGUUGCCUGAGCUGACGGUUGGAUACCCUGGAAAAUCAACAUUGCAGAAUCGGGUAACUUCUUCUCCCAUUUUGAGAAUCCAAGGUGAUGAUGUUGUUUACCUGAUGUCUAAGGUGAACUUUGAGGAUGAGGAAACAUGGGUGAUUGGUGUUGAUAUAAAAACAAAGAAUCUACGAGGAGUGGCCUCGUUUUCUACUGACAGAUCCGUCUAUUCCAGUCCCGCAUACCUUCCCUGUUCACUCUCGGGAUAUUUGGACAUGACUUCAAAUAGUUCUGACGGUGGUUGCAAUACACAUGGAAGAAAUGACUUGAUGAAUAUUGGAAAUGGUACAACAAUUGUUGUGAGUGGGCUAGACGCCUGUAUUACCGAGGAUGAUUGAAGGCAAGUUUUUGAACCGUUUGGAGAAGUUCAAUAUGUGAAGAUUUUCGGGCAGAAUGUUCGUCCAUCGUGGGGCUGCAAUACUCUUGAACAGCCACACCAGCAUGAUGUCAACCAGUGGAAUGGAGACAGCUGCUGUGAUCAUUGGCACCGCUAUGGUGCUCAGCGAUACAGUUCUCCUACUGUGGAAGACCUUGAUGUGCAAUCAUAUGGCACAAGCCCAUACUAUAGCAACAACCAGGAACAACCGCUAGCACGGCAAAAUAUCAGCCAGUGGAAUGGAGCCAGCCAUCAAUUCUAUACUCAGGCCUAUGGUCGAUGCCAAUUCAGGCCUGAAUGCCAAUACUGUUCGCCUACCAUUCAGAAUCCAAAUGUGUAUGCACAUUGCACGUACCCAGCAGGUUAUGGCAAUCAUCAGCAGCAGCAGCUACCACCUGUGCAGCACAGCUACCACCAAAGCAAUGUGUCAGAAAAGGCCAAGGUCAACAAUCACCGAUGGAGACAAGGCGAUGAUCAGGGCUCUUAGGCAAGUGGUUCCAAUUGUGAAACAUUGUAUCUGUUCGUGGCGUGUUGAGAGAAAUAUUAAGAAGCACUUGUAUUGAAAUGCUUGAAAGAGUUUAGAUCACUGAUGUACGUAUUAUGCUAAUUCUAGUGCUAAUUUUGAGGACAGGAAAUACCAGACACCAAUCCUCCAACUCCAAGCAAGUCAUGAGCGGGAACAAAUUUGUAAUUACGCAUCAAGACAGAAACCAAGCAUAGCUCUGACUUGGAAGUAAUGAUCACGAUCAAUUGUGUGCUUAA